GGCGCUUCCUCUGCCCCAGCGGACUGCAGUCCACAGCCUCGCCGAGCCCGGCAGGGAGAGCACCAGGAGGCGCCCCUGGAAGGGCAGGAAGAGGAGGCGAGCCCCGAACUAGCUGGUCCGGGCGGCCGGGGAGGAAGCUGUUAUCGAGCAAACUUGAGCAGAUAUAGAAUGAAAAGGAAGUUUCAAAGGCAGAGGAAAAAGUCAAGUUGACUACUGAAAAAAAUACAUAAUUUAAAGUUCAUGUUUUGGAGCAGGUAAUAGUGAAGAACUCCAGGGAGGCCAACUACGUGAAAGAGAGGUUCUUCAAAUCCAUGAAUAUAGAACCAGCAGAUUCGAAGGGUGGAUUAACUGGACAGCCUUUAAAAGAAGACUUCUUACACUCAGUGAAAGAAAAUAAUUAAAAAGAGAAAGCAGAUGCUGUGAUUCAUCACUGGACUGACUGAAGUUCAAGGUUUCCCAACAUUCAGCUGGAACUCAUGUCAAUACCUGAUAAAUGGAAAACAAAAACAAUGUGACAGAAUUCAUCCUUUUGGGUAUUACAGAGAACCCAGAGCUGAGGAAAAUAUUUUCUGCUGUGUUUCUAAUCAUGUAUGUUGCUACACUUUUGGGAAACUUACUCAUUAUAGUAACCUUAAUCACAAGUCAGAAUCUACGAUCACCAAUGUACUUUUUUCUUACCUUCUUGUCCUUUUUGGAUGUCACCUACUCUUCUGCCAUCACCCCCAAGCUGAUUGUGGACUCCCUCUCUGAGAGCACAACCAUCUCCCUGGAAGGCUGCAUGACUCAACUCUUUGCACAGCACUUCUUUGGUGGCGUGAGCAUCAUCCUGCUCAUCGUGAUGGCCUAUGACCGUUAUGUGGCCAUCUGUAAGCCCCUGCACUACACGCUCAUCAUGAGCCCUUGGGUGUGCUCUCUGAUGGUGGGAGGGGCUUGGGUGGGGGGAUCCCUGCAUGCCACAGUACAACUUCUCUUCAUGUACCAAAUUCCUUUCUGUGGCCCCAAUGUCAUUGAUCACUUUAUAUGUGAGUUGUUUCCGUUGUUGAAACUUGCCUGCAUGGACACCCACAUCCUGGGUCUCUUAGUCAUCCUCAACAGUGGGGUGAUGUGUAUAGCUAUCUUCUUUAUCCUAAUUGCUUCAUAUAUAGUUAUCUUUUGUUCCCUGAAAUCUUACAGUUCUGAAGGGCAGCACAAAGCCCUCUCCACCUGUGGCUCCCACCUCACGGUGGUCCUAUUGUUUUUUGUGCCAUGUAUUUUCUUGUAUGUGAGGCCUGUGGCUACCUACCCCAUUGACAAGGCUAUGUCUGCAUCUGGUAUAAUCGUUCCACCCAUGUUAAAUCCCUUGAUCUACACUUUGAGGAAUGCAGAGGUGAAAAAUGCCAUGAAAAAACUAUGGCUGAAACAAAAGAUUGUGGUUGGCAUGUAACAGUCUUCCUAAUAAUAUGAUUUAUUUUCCAUCCGAAGUUGUUUUUUUCAGAAAUGUGUUAGAAAUUAUAAAGUCCAUUCUCCACCGGCAGUCAAUGGGUCCUUCAAAAAUAUUAAUCUGCUUUAUGAUCUGAGUAGCUAUAAUGUGAAGAUUAUGAUACUUUCACACGGUUACCCUUCCUUAGUUUCUCAUUCUCUUAGAAACUUUUGACU